GGGGGGAACAGUAGUGUAAGAGAGGGUGGGGGAAUAACGUUCCAAUGUUUCUAUCAGUGUCAGUGGGAGGAAUGGUGCCCCAUCAUUGACUUCUUAUGAUGGGGAGGCUCUUCACAUCUAAUAUAUUGGAGGGGGGGGUUGGGCAGCAGCACAAGUGUCAGUGGGAGGAACGGUGCCCCAUCAUUGGUGUCAGUGGGAGGAACGGUGCCCCAUCAUUGGUGUCAGUGGGAGGAACGGUGCCCCAUCAUUGGUGUCAGUGGGAGGAACGGUGCCCCAUCAUUGGUGUCAGUGGGAGGAACGGUGCCCCAUCAUUGGUGUCAGUGGGAGGAACGGUGCCCCAUCAUUGGUGUCAGUGGGAGGAACGGUGCCCCAUCAUUGGUGUCAGUGGGAGGAACGGUGCCCCAUCAUUGGUGUCAGUGGGAGGAACGGUGCCCCAUCAUUGGUGUCAGUGGGAGGAACGGUGCCCCAUCAUUGGUGUCAGUGGGAGG